UGCUCCCAGCCUCUCAUUGGCCCAUUCUUCACCCUCUCUUCUCCUGGGAAGUCAAGUAUGGAUUUUGUCUGCUAGUUACCUUUAGCCCAGUGGGCAGCAGCACAGGACUUGGCAUGUGACCAGUGCCCUGAGAGACCUUGGCAGGCCUGGGUAAGCACCAGGCUAAGCUAUUGCAAUCCCUGCCCCACCCCCACCCCCACUGCCUUUUCUGUUUCGGCAGUGGUGUGUCACCGAGCAGUCAGCUGUUGGUGGCACAGAUGAAGUCAGCUUAGGGCACCUCCAGCGCAGGACAAUGCAAGCCCACGAGUUGUUCCGGCAUUUUCGGAUGCCAGAGCUGGCUGACUUCCGACAGUAUGUGCGCACUCUGCCAACCAACACGCUCAUGGGCUUUGGGGCGUUCGCGGCACUCACCACGUUCUGGUACGCCACGAGGCCCAAGGCCCUGAAGCCGCCAUGUGACCUCUCCAUGCAGUCGGUGGAGGUGCCGGGCAGUGGUGGUGCUCGGAGAUCCACGCUGCUUGACAGUGAUGAGCUCUUGGAGUAUUUCUAUGAUGACGUCAGAACCUUAUACGAAGGUUUCCUGAGGGGCAUCCACGUGUCAAAUAAUGGCCCUUGCUUAGGCUCUCGGAAACCAGACCAGCCCUAUGAAUGGCUUUCCUACAAGCAGGUUGCAGAGAUGGCGGAGUGCGUGGGCUCGGCGCUGAUCCGGAAGGGCUUCCGGACCGCCCCCGAUCAGUUCGUCGGCAUCUUUGCCCAGAACCGACCUGAGUGGGUGAUCAUCGAACAGGGAUGCUUUGCUUACUCAAUGGUGGUGGUUCCCCUCUAUGACACCCUCGGAGCUGAAGCAAUCACUUACAUAGUCAACAAAGCUGAACUCUCUCUGGUUUUUGUUGACAAGCCAGAGAAGGCCAACCUGUUACUAGAUGGUGUAGAAAAUAAGUUAACACCAGGCCUUAAAAUCAUAGUUCUCAUGGACUCCUAUGGCAGUGAUCUGCUGGAACGAGGCAAGAAAUGUGGGGUGGAGAUCACCAGCAUGAAGGCCAUGGAGGACCUGGGAAGAGCCAACAGAAAGAAGCCCAAGCCUCCAGCACCAGGAGAUCUUGCAGUGAUUUGUUUCACAAGUGGAACUACAGGCAACCCCAAAGGAGCAAUGAUCACUCAUGGAAAUAUAGUGAGCGAUUCCUCCGCGUUUGUGAAAAUGACACAGAGCGUACUUGGCCUGAAUGCCAGUGACACACACAUUUCGUUUUUACCACUUGCACACAUGUAUGAGCAGCUCAUGCAGUUUGUGAUGCUGUGUCACGGAGCUAAAAUAGGAUUUUUCCAAGGAGAUAUCAGGCUGCUUAUGGAUGACCUCAAGACACUUCAACCCACUAUCUUUCCUGUGGUCCCGAGACUGCUGAACCGGAUGUUUGACCGGAUUUUUGGACAGGCAAACACCACCUUGAAGCGCUGGCUAUUGGACUUCGCCUCCAAGAGGAAGGAAGCAGAGCUCCGCAGCGGCAUCAUUAGAAACAACAGCCUGUGGGAUAAGCUGAUCUUCCGCAAGAUACAGGCGAACCUGGGCGGGAAGGUCAGGCUGAUGGUCACGGGCGCCGCGCCGGUGUCUGCCACCGUGCUGACGUUUCUGCGCGCCGCGCUGGGCUGUCAGUUCUACGAAGGCUAUGGACAGACCGAGUGCACAGCCGGCUGCUCCCUGACCAUACCUGGAGACUGGACAGCAGGCCACGUUGGAGCCCCAAUGCCCUGCAAUUUGGUGAAACUCGUCGAUGUGGAAGACAUGAACUACCUGGCUGCCAAGGGCGAGGGCGAGGUGUGUGUGAAAGGGCCAAAUGUGUUUCAAGGCUACUUGAAGGACCCUGCGAAAACGGCAGAAGCUCUGGACAAAGAUGGCUGGUUACACACUGGGGACAUUGGCAAGUGGUUACCAAAUGGUACCUUGAAGAUUGUCGACAGGAAAAAGCAUUUAUUUAAACUGGCACAGGGAGAAUACAUAGCACCUGAAAAGAUCGAAAAUGUCUACCUGCGGAGCGAACCUGUUGCCCAGGUGUUUGUCCACGGAGAGAGCUUGCAGUCAUUUCUCAUAGCAAUUGUGGUGCCCGAUGUGGAGACGUUGGGUCGCUGGGCCCAGAAGAGAGGAGUGGACGGGUCCUUCGAAGAGCUGUGCCGAAACAAGGACGUCAAGAAAGCGAUCCUGGAAGACAUGGUGAGACUUGGGAAGGAGGCCGGCCUAAAGCCAUUUGAACAGGUCAAAGGCAUUGCUCUCCACUCUGAAUUAUUCUCUGUUGACAACGGCCUGCUGACCCCAACAAUGAAGGCUAAACGGCCAGAACUUCGAAAUUACUUCAGGUCACAGAUAGAUGAACUUUAUUCUACUAUCAAAGUUUAAAGGGGGGAGGAGAGCUCAGAAGAAACCACACACCUCCACGAUCUUCUGCUGGUGGCCUUCACAUUGGCGAUUUGGACUCACGUUGGCAAGCAUAGGGAAGGGCACGUCUAUGUUUGACCUGUGCAUUUGGGAUUCUUAUCAUAGGAAUGUUAGAGGACACGGGACACUGCCUUACAGUCACCUCGUGUGGCAGACCAUGUAUAUAUGUGGUGAUACACAAUUUCCAAAAUGAGCCUUAAAAAUUGUAAAGGGAAAAUUAUAAAUGUGCUAAGUUAUUUGCGACUUUCAUAGUUCAGAAGGCGGAUGUGAACACUUCUCCCUGCUUUUCUAACCGAGGGACUAGGACUGGGCUGUUUCUGAGCUGUCUGCUGCUCGCUGCGGUUCUGCAGCCGUCUGCUGCUCUGAGGAGUACAGUGCACUGGAAGGAAACUGUCCCUUAUGAACCACUGCCCUGGCUGCAGAAUGUCACAAGUGGACCAGAGGUGUUAUUUUGAUCCCUGUCACCUUCCCUUCCCCACCUCACGCACUCACACCCCUUCGGUCGAAGGCUAUGAAACUCCUGCUCCUCCCCGCAGUCCCCUGUUGUUCCUGUCAGAGCAGAAGGUAGCCCAGUGAAGCAAAGGACAGACGACUCAGAACAGCAUUGAGACCGAGUCUCUGACGAGGGCCCCUCGCCAGAGCGCAGGGAUCCAGCGCCCACAGAGUGGCGAGCUCACGGAGCCUCCAUCUGGACCGAGUCCUCCCCCUGUCCCCCGGGGUUAUGAAAAAACCUGCCUUAGACUCUACAGUGAAGACAAGCAUUUCAAGAAAUAAUUACCUGGAAAGACCAUGCUCAACUGUGACACCUAAAUAACUGUCCACCUUAUCUUCACUGAACCAUCCCUCUGUUUGUGGUGGCCAAUGGGUUCUUAAUGUGGUGUUUAUCAGAAGUUCAUGUUGUGAUUAACUAGCCCUUCCCCAGAAUAAACUCUCAGGCAGGGCACGUCUUUGGGAGGUAGGGAGUAGGUAGACUCGGGCACUCAUUGAAUGGAUGUAGUAAUCAAAGGCUCUCCUGUAAUCAUGCUACCUGAUUUCUAUGAAAUGUUUUUGACAAGCCAAAAUUCUAGGAUGUAGAAAUCUGGAAAACGCACUUCCUGGGAUGAACUCCUCCAGGGAUUUUUAAAAGAAAUGAAUUUGGGAAAGUAGCAGCAUUUACUCGACUGCAAGCCUUCGCCACAUGUGACUGGACUGGGCUGUCACGUGCACACUGGAGCAGCUGUUUCCGGACGUGUGUGCGUAUAUGCAGCACAGCACGGGAGGGCUGUACUGAAGAGCCGACAUCGUGUAGCGCUGUUCAGUAGCCUGACUUCCUACGUGUACUCUUAAUUGCACAAAAAGUCAAUAAUUUGUCACAUUGGGGUUUUGAAUGUUUGCUUUAAGUGUUGGCUAUUUCUAUGUUUUAUAAACCAAAACAGAAUUUCCAAAAACAAUGAAGGAAACCAAAAUAAAUAUUUCUGCAUUUCA